AUGGCUACGAACCAAGCUAGCCUUCUUCUGCAGAAGCAACUCAAAGAUCUGUGUAAGAAACCAGUCGAUGGUUUCUCUGCUGGGCUCGUUGAUGAGAAUAACGUUUUCCAAUGGAGCGUCUCGAUUAUGGGUCCUCCUGAUACUUUAUAUGAAGGUGGGUUUUUUAAUGCGGUUAUGACGUUUCCAGAGAAUUAUCCAGUUAGUCCACCGACUGUGAAGUUCACGUCGGAGAUGUGGCAUCCUAAUGUUUAUUCUGAUGGAAGAGUUUGCAUUUCUAUUCUUCAUCCUCCUGGUGAAGAUCCUAAUGGAUACGAACUUGCUUCAGAACGUUGGACACCUGUCCAUACGGUAGAAAGCAUUGUGUUGAGUAUCAUAUCUAUGCUCUCGGGUCCUAACGACGAGUCACCGGCAAAUGUGGAAGCUGCAAAAGAAUGGAGAGACAACAGAGCAGAGUUUAGGAAGAAAGUGAGUCGCUGUGUAAGAAGAUCGCAAGAGAUGCUAUGA